CCCGGAGGGCGGGGAGGGGGAGAGCGCCCAGGACGGGACCAUGUACCGGGACCCGGAGACAGCCGGCGGCCCAGGGGCACCCUCCCGGGACGUCCUGCUAGUGUCCGCCAUCAUCACCAUCAGCCUUAGCGUCACCAUCAUCCUGUGUGGGAUCUGCCAGUGGUGUCAGCGAAAACUGGGCAAACGCUACAAGAAUUCCCUAGAGACCGUGGGCACCCCAGACUCUGGGCGUGGGCGCAGUGAGAAGAAAGCUAUCAAUGAUGUAGACAGAGAAUUUUGGAAUAACAAUGAGAGCACAGUGCAGCAGAAAUGGAGCUCCUACCCUCCCAAGGAGUUUAUACUAAACAUUUCACCCUACGCCCCUUAUGGCGAUCCGCGACUGUCCCUCAAUUUCGAGGACUCCACCUUGUCCACGGCCACUACCCUAGAGUAUAUCCCCAGCUCGGCGGGGGACCCGAAAUGCCAGCGACCCCGCACCCUGCUCCGGCAGCAGAGCCUUCAGCAACCGCUGACUCAGCACCAGAGGGGCCGGCAGCCCAGCCAGCCCACUACCAGCCAGAGCUUGGGGCAGCUCCAGGCCCACACGAGCUCGGCGCCUGCUGCCACCAACCCCCGAGCGCAAGGCCGGGGCCAGGCCCGCCAGGGCACUGCGGCCGGCUCCAAGUACCGGGCGGCGGCGGGGGGCCGCAGCCGCGCCAACCCAGGCAGCUGGGACCACGUUGUGGGGCAGAUUCGAAACCGAGGCUUGGACAUGAAGUCCUUCCUGGAAGGCCGGAUGGUGGUGCUAUCCUUGGUGUUAGGGCUCUCGGAACAGGAUGACUUUGCCAAUAUCCCUGACCUGCAAAACCCAGGAACUCAACAGAACCAGAGCGCUCAGGGGGACAAGAGGUUGCCAGCAGGUGGGAAGGCGGUGAAUACAACCCCUGUCCCGGGCCAAACACCCCACGAUGAGUCCGACCGCCGGACCGAGCCUCGGUCUUCUGUCUCAGACCUUGUCAACUCCCUCACCAGCGAGAUGCUUAUGCUGUCCCCAGGCUCGGAGGACGACGAGACCCACGAAGGCUGCAGCCAGGAGAACCUGGGCCGGAUCCAGUUCAGCGUGGGCUACAACUUCCAGGAGUCCACCCUCACCGUGAAGAUCAUGAAGGCCCAGGAGCUGCCUGCCAAGGACUUCAGUGGCACCAGCGACCCCUUUGUCAAGAUCUACCUGCUCCCCGACAAGAAGCACAAGCUGGAGACCAAGGUCAAGAGGAAGAACCUGAACCCCCACUGGAAUGAGACCUUCCUCUUCGAAGGCUUCCCCUAUGAGAAGGUGGUGCAGCGGGUGUUGUACCUCCAGGUCCUGGACUAUGACCGCUUCAGUCGUAACGACCCCAUCGGGGAAGUGUCCAUCCCACUUAACAAAGUGGACCUGACCCAGAUGCAGACAUUCUGGAAGGAGCUGAAGCCAUGUAGCGACGGGAGCGGAAGUCGAGGGGAACUGCUCCUGUCCCUGUGCUAUAACCCCUCUGCCAACUCCAUCAUCGUGAACAUCAUUAAAGCACGGAACCUCAAAGCCAUGGACAUCGGGGGCACAUCUGACCCCUACGUGAAGGUGUGGUUGAUGUACAAGGACAAGCGAGUGGAGAAGAAGAAGACGGUGACCAUGAAGAGGAACCUGAACCCCGUCUUCAAUGAGUCCUUCAUCUUUGACAUUCCCACAGAGAAGCUCCGGGAGACAACGAUCAUUAUCACCGUCAUGGACAAGGACAAGCUCAGCCGGAAUGACGUCAUCGGCAAGAUCUAUCUGUCCUGGAAGAGCGGUCCUGGUGAGGUGAAGCAUUGGAAGGACAUGAUUGCCCGACCUCGGCAGCCCGUGGCUCAGUGGCACCAACUGAAGGCCUGAGUAGGGCCUGGGGAGGCCCUGGGGGUGGGGCUAUGGGCCCAUGGUCUGGGGGUCACGCCUUCACACUUUAUGCACAACGCCCCGGGCGUGGCUCCCUCAUUGGGUGGGGGGAAGGACCCCUGUGGGCUCAGCCAGGGAGGGGGCCCAGGACUCAGUAUGGCCAUGUUUCUAGGAAGCGCUAGCCUCCCCCCAUUUAGGGGGCCUUUGGGAGCCAUUUUCCUGCUUGCCCCUUUUCUUCAACUCACCAACACUAAAGAAACAGGAGGGGGAGAGAGAGAGAGAACAAAAGAGAUGGAUGGACAGAGAGAUGGACAGACGGCAGGACAGACAGAUCCCUCCAGAGGCCCCACCUGGCGGAGCUUGGCUUGUCCGCCAUUUUCUUUAAGGUGGCUUCUGGAGCUGUGGGCUGGCCGAGCCUCAGCCAGCCCCUGGUUGCAGUGGGCGAGGGCACGCUAAGGCCAUGGCGAUUGGCCUGGCCAGAAUGGCCCUCCUCCCCUCUGGGGGGUUGGGAUUUUUAAGCCAUCUGCGGGCCCCUGUGUGCCAAGGGGGUAUAAAUAGCCUGGCUUCAGAGCCAAGGUCCUGUGUA